CUCUCUCUCUCUCUCUCUCUCUCUCUCUCUUGUGUUCCAAAAAUGGCAGCUUUGCAGGCGAGCCUUCGCCCACUGAAAGCCAUAAACCUUGCCACAAACCCUAGAACCUCUAGAUCGACUACAGCACGGAGGUUUGUGAGCUUCCGCUGCUCUGCCGCUGCUUCGGUGGCCAGCCGGGGCUAUAGCAUCACCCUCCUGCCUGGCGAUGGUAUCGGCCCUGAGGUCGUCUCCGUUGCUAAGGAUGCUCUCGCCCUUGCUGGCUCUUAUGAAGGGAUUGAGUUUCGGUUCCGGGAGAUGAUGGUUGGUGGUGCGGCGCUGGAUAAGGUUGGACUUCCGCUGCCGGAGGAGACGUUGGAGGUUGCCAAGCAAUCGGACGCUGUCCUUCUUGGAGCCAUUGGAGGGUAUAAAUGGGAUGCGAAUGAGAAGCAUUUGAAGCCAGAAACAGGGUUGCUUCAGCUACGAGCAGGGCUUGGUGUGUUUGCAAACUUGAGGCCGGCCACUGUAUUGCCACAAUUAAUUGAUUCCUCUACCUUGAAGAGAGAAGUUGCUGAGGGUGUGGACAUCAUGGUUGUUAGAGAACUUACUGGAGGAAUUUACUUUGGGAAGCCAAGGGGUUUUGGGCACAAUGAAAAGGGUGAGGACAUCGGUUUUAACACUGAAGUUUAUUCUGCUUCUGAGAUUGAUCGGAUUGCACGUGUGGCGUUUGAGGUUGCUAGAAAGCGACAAGGAAAAUUAUGCUCAGUUGACAAAGCAAAUGUGUUGGAGGCAUCCAUGCUAUGGAGGAGAAGAGUGACAGCUUUGGCCACAGAGUUCCCUGACGUCACGCUCUCACACAUGUAUGUCGAUAAUGCUGCAAUGCAACUUGUUCGUGAUCCGAAGCAGUUUGAUACGAUUGUAACAAACAAUAUUUUUGGUGAUAUCUUGUCUGAUGAAGCAUCUAUGCUUACUGGAAGCAUCGGAAUGCUUCCAUCUGCCAGCGUCAGUGAAUCAGUAUGGGACCUGGACUCUUUUGAACCAAUCCAUGGCUCUGCUCCAGAUAUCGCAGGACAGGACAAAGCCAAUCCAUUAGCGACGGUGCUCAGUGUGGCAAUGCUUUUGCGAUAUGGACUUGGUGAAGAAAAUGCAGCAAAGAGAAUUGAGAAUGCUGUGAUAGAAACCCUAGAUAGAGGCUUUCGAACCGGCGAUAUAUUUUCCACAGGAAUGACUUUGGUAGGAUGCCGAAGAAUGGGCGAAGAAGUGUUGAAAUGCAUGGAAUCUCAGAAACAAGUCACUGUGGGAGUUUGACUUAAAUUGGUUGAUUGGUGUUUUAUGAUGAAUUAUAUGAGAUUAUUAUCCCUUUUUCGACGGGAAUUUUAAGCAUCGGAAGAUAAUUGUAAUACUCUGUUGCAUUAUUAUUGUUAUGUAUGAUCAUACUAUUAAAAUUUGGAACUGUUGGAUUAUAUUAUCAGCCAUCUAAUUUUAGUCUAGCUUUUGAUUUUGGGCAGGAAAUAUAUAAUAAAAAAAGGGCAUGGAAGCGCUGUUAUUGUUUA